AGAUAGGUGUGUACUUACAGAUAAGACGAGCAAUGCAGAGGUGCUGUCCAGCGUUUUAGUUCGAACACUGGUAGGAAACGUUAAGGUAGUUCACAACUCCAUGACGAUCAGCUGAGACGAAUACAAUAUUCAACAUAAUGAAAACAAUGAGUAGUGGAUGCGUGGCCAUUGCAGCAGUCUUUCUCUCUAUGGUGGUAUAUGUAGCCAAAGCACAGGUUACACCACAAGAAGAUGACUCAGUUCCUUUGAGCGUUCUUAUCACCAUAUGUGUAGUGGUGUUUUUUGCCACAGUUCUAGGAGUAGUCUGUUUCAUUCAGUUCUGUAUCAAGAACUACAACCCGUUGGAUUACUGUUUCUUCUUUUGUACAAAAGACAAAGAAUCUCCUCCUGCUGUGCAAAAAAAUGAACUGGGCACGCUAGACGGUUAUGAAAGCCAGACAGACACCAGGAAACUUGUCCGUGAAUCACAUGUACAGGCUACAGGUCACGGGAGACAGGUCCUCGUGAUGCAAACAGAAGAUCUUUAUGCUCGAAUUAACAAACCUGGAAAGAGGAAGGAAAUUGUAGAAACAACUGAGAUAGAUGGGGGAAUAGAAAAUGCUGCCCACACUGUCAGUACUGACGUUUUCACUAAAGACACCGUUAGUGGUGAAAGUAGGGCAACCGAGAAUCUGUACUCUGAAACUACAACUACGACAACCUCAAAUCAAAGGGAGAACGUCUUUGUCCACGAUAAUAAUAUUAUACUUAGAGCGCCACCAGCAAGAUAUAGAUCUGAAUCCUUCAAAGAAGACAUGGUAGAUGGAGAAGUUCGUACUGAGAGAUAUACUUACAGUACAGGAUAUACACCAUCAUCUUCAAGAGAGAAGCUGGUUGUGAAUAUGUCUGGUGAUGACUCAGAAAGGAUGCGCUAUUAUCUUGAACAAGUGGAGGGCCGAAAGGAAGUCUACACGAAUGAGAGUGGUGAGACUGUUAUAAUGGUGAGAGAUGAGCCAGAAGUACAUGAUAUUGAAAGUAAUUUGAAUAUACAAAAUGAGGAAAAUGGUUACAUGAAUGAAGAAGUUAGGCGUGUGGUUACGAGAAAAGUGGUUACAGAAGAAUACCAACGAGACCAACCACAACAGCUUAGGCAAGAGACUCACGUAAUUCGAUCGGCACCAGCUGUGACCAAAGUGGGAAACAUUCAGCAAGAUGAUGAUAUGUCUUCAGGAAACCAUGUGGAGAAUAUGGAAGUCAGUCGUAAUUACAUUGUAAGAGAAGCCGUAGAUGAUGGCGAUGAUGCCCAGUUACAGGCUGCUAUUCAGGAGAUUGAGACAGUGACCUCAGAAGCACCAGGGCAGGUAUCCGAAAGACGUGAAGUGCGAGUACUACAAACAACUACAACAACUACUACUAGCAGAAAUGAAGAGCAAGCGUCAUCGCCUACAUCAAUACUGACAGAACACAAAGAGGCACAUUACAUUCAAAGCCAAGCGGAGCAGAAAGCAGACAUUCCCACUGAAGAUUACAUUAUUGUCCAAGAUGAUGACACCAAAAUGGAUGAACACAUUCAAAGAAGAGGGAAAAGCAUGAUGGCGAUUCGGGAGAAUCAAACUAGGAUCCAAGGCAAUGCAAACAGACAUUCAUAUCAUGGCCAUCAUCAAUCAAGUGUUGAAGUUCAAAAAUCACAACCAACGGAAUUAGUCGUUUCAUCCCAGUCAGGUAGUCAGACUACUACAAGACGUGAAGUUGUUGAAAGUUCAAUGCCAUCGACACAAACAUAUGUUUAUCAAGAACCAGAGUCACAGGAACAUCGAACGACUGUAACUGAACAGCGAAUUGUACAAGCUGGACCAGAGGUUAUGAAGACAUAUGUAUAUGAAACACCUGAAAAUCAGUCGCAACAAUCAAUAGUUAGACGUGAGGAAAGAGUUAUAACAAGUGCUCCUCACCAGGUUAUAACAGCUAGAGCAGACGAAAUACCAGACAGCCAAGAAGACAGAACAAGAAGGGAACAACAAACUGUUAUUAGACGAGAAGAGAGGAUUGUACAAGCUGGCCCAGAAAUUGUUAAAACAUAUGUAUAUGAAACACCUGAAAAUCAGUCGCAACAAUCAAUAGUUAGACGUGAGGAAAGAGUUAUAACAAGUGCUCCUCACCAGAUUAUAACAGCUAGAUCAGACGAAAUACCAGAGAGCCAAGAAGACAGAAUAAGAAGGGAACAACAAACUGUUAUUAGACGAGAAGAGAGAAUUGUACAAGCUGGACCAGAGAUUGUUAAAACAUAUGUAUAUGAAACACCUGAAAAUCAGUCGCAACAAUCAAUAGUUAGACGUGAGGAAAGAGUUAUAACAAGUGCUCCUCACCAGAUUAUAACAGCUAGAUCAGACGAAAUACCAGAGAGCCAAGAAGACAGAAUAAGAAGGGAGCAACAAACUGUUAUCAGACGCGAAGAAAGAAUCGUACAGAAUGAUCCUCAAAAAAUAGUGACAACAAAUGUAUAUGGAGAUACAUCAAGUCAGGGUGAGAGUACUGUGGUACGUGAAGAACGCUAUAUAGAAAGAACUGGACCAACAACGACAAAGCAUGUGUAUAUCAGUGAAGGUGAUCAUGGCGAAAGUCGAGUGAUAACAAGAGAAGAGGAGAUUAUUGAAGACAAUCCCAGCACAGUUGUAACCACAACAGAUGCUACAGAUGGCGCUGCUCAAGCUGAAGUCACUUAUCGUGUUAUUAAACGGAGAAGUCAAAUAGUGGAACAACCAGAAGAGGAAUCCAGAGAAACGUCAAAUAAAGAAUGGUAUGUGUCAUCUGCUACACUCUUGGCACCAAAACAAUUAGAAACAGUUUAUGUUGAUCUUGGGCCUGACGAAAUGCUCAAGGGUGACAAGGAGACAAAAACUACCACAACCACAACAACUACGUACACCGUGGACACAGGGGAACAGUGAGAACAUGUCUAUCUCCGUGACACCACAAAUAUUCCAGCAUCAGUAUAUGUAAACCCUCAUGAUGACAGAAAACAUCAUUAACUAUGUGUAUAGUUAAAUUACUUGGAACUGGAUACUUAAAAUAUUAGAAACUGUAAACUCAAAGAAGUGUACAGUUAAAUACGUACAUGUUUUAAUUUGCAUAUAUCCGGAUCAAAAGAAAUAAUACAGUUCUACAAACGGCAAUUAGCAACACAAAUUCAGAUAUAUAUUACAAAUAACUAUCGGCAUAUUAGAGUGUCACGAAAUUGAUGACUUUUGAUUCUAAUAUCUAAACAAAACACAGUCAGUUACCAUAGACGUAAGAUUCGUAGGU